AAGUGGACUUGAUCAGAAGUGUCCAGGCUCUUCUGAAGAGAACUACAGCUCAAGUUGUCAGUCAGAUCAAGAUGAACCGAGAGGCAAAGCAGACGUUGGAGAUGGAUUGGUCUGACAAGUACCAGGCAUACAACUUUGAUGACCACAGUGGAAGACACAGUAACAUGAGCCCAGACACACGGCACCACCCAAGCUCAGCCACCUUCCAGGACCAGGUGUGUAACUGCACAUCGUGGACAAAGUUUACACAGGACAACCUGAACAAGGCCCAGCAGGAAGAACAAACCACCCACAGUCUCAGGCUGCUGGUGGAGCAGGUGCUGCAGGACACCACUGAAGAUCUGGAAUUCCAGUGCUCCAGUGUGGACCGAGCCUUCAGCCGGCGCGUUCAGGAGCUGAUAGAGGCCAAGACCCAGAUGGAGACCAAGCUGGCACAGGUCCUGGAGCAGAUUGGGGCCCAGGAGAGGAACAUUGUGUUGCUGCAGCAAGCCAUCCACAACAAAGAGGCUCCACUGAGAGUAGCCCAGUCCAGACUUUACCUCCGCUCCCUCAGACCCAACAUGGAGCUCUGUAGAAUCAGAAUGCUUUAUUAG